UAACGUUGGAAAAGCUUUCCAUAAAGGCGAACGGUGAGCGAAGUGCAGAUCAAUGUAUAAUACACAGAAUUGGACAGAAAAAGCGGACAAAUAACAUAAAAAACGAUCAUCUUGCAGGUGUCCAUUAAGACGUUUCAGUAUUGGAGUGGACGGCUUUGAUGCAGCACGGUCCUGAAGACGGUCCAAGAUGACGGAAGAGGUGAUCGUUAUUGCCAAGUUCGACUACAUGGCCCAGCAGGACCAGGAGCUGGACAUCAAGAAGAACGAGCGUCUCUGGCUGCUGGACGACUCGAAGUCGUGGUGGCGCGUCCGCAACGCUACCAACAAAACCGGCUUCGUCCCGUCCAACUACGUGGAGCGGAAAAACAGCGCCAGGAAAGCCUCGAUCGUCAAGAACCUCAAAGACACGUUAGGGAUCGGGAAGGUGAAGCGAAAAACAGGAAUGAGGGAUACGGCGUCAAACGCGGAGGCAGACUUUUACCCGGACAAUGGUGAGCGGCUGUACGACCUGAACCUGCCGGCGCUGGUGAAGUUUAACUACACAGCUGAGCGUGAGGAUGAGCUGUCUCUGACUAAAGGCUCCAGGGUCAUUGUGAUGGAGAAGUGCAGCGACGGCUGGUGGAGAGGCAGCUACAGCGGGCGCUCCGGCUGGUUUCCUUCCAACUACGUGACGGAAGACGCAGACGGCUCAGCCAGUAAUGACAUGAUGGGCUUGUCGGAGAAGCUGGCCGCCGUGGUGCACAGCGCAAACGGCAACAGGGUGCUCCAUACGGUCCAGGCGUUGUACCCGUUCAGCUCGAGUAACGACGAGGAGCUAAACUUUGAGAAAGGGGAAGUUAUGGACGUCUUGGAAAAGCCAGAGAACGAUCCGGAGUGGUGGAAGUGCCGCAAAGUCGAUGGGCAAGUCGGCCUUGUGCCCAAGAACUACGUCACCAUACUUCAGGAGUCGCAGAACUCGGGGAGCAUGGCCGGACCUCCUACGCCCGACUUCGACUACAUUGAGCCUUCCGGAAGCGGGCGCUUCGCGGGUAAGGAGUGGUACUAUGGCAAAGUGACCCGGCACCAGGCGGAGGUGGCGCUCAACCAGAGAGGCACAGAGGGAGACUUUCUCAUCAGAGACAGCGAGUCUUCGCCUAACGAUUUCUCCAUAUCGCUGAAGGCCCAGACCAAAAACAAGCAUUUCAAAGUGCAGUUGAAGGACAACCUGUACUGCAUCGGACAACGCAAGUUCAGCUCCAUGGAGGAGCUGGUGGAACACUACAAAAAGGCGCCGAUAUUCACCAGCGAGCAGGGCGACAAACUGUACCUGGUCAAGGCCCUGGCCGCCUCCUGAUCCGGACCGUGACUCGCAUCGGAAAUCUCGAGCCACGUGGCAGGACUGAAAGACUUGGAAAAUAGAGCAUUCCAACAUUGGAGAGGAAGAGGGGAGAAGAGAAAGGGGUGGGGGAGCGACGGAAAUUUAUUAUUAUUUUUUUUUUUUGGAUUCAUGGUGUUCACGCUCAGAGCUCGGCUUCACGGAUGGAUGUGUAUCAAUACAAAAACAAUUAUGUUUAGGGCCUAGGUGAUGUAUUUUGCUGUUAACAUGUAUUAGAGUUACAACUUAGGUUUUCUCUUCUUCAUAUAUAUCCUUAUUUUAUUUCCCCGUCAGCCACUUUCGGUAAUCGCGUCGUCGGAUUACAUUUGUAGCGUUGAAUUUCACAAACCCGCCGAAGCGCACCGUACCGUUAAAUAUUUUUUUUACUACACACCGCCACCUGCUUUUCAAAUCACCCACAUAACUCAAAGAUGACUUAACGUGCUGCAUCUCUCGGGGGCCAACACUUUUGCAGAAUAAAAAUCGCCGACCAAAGCGUAUCACCUCGUAAGGGUUUUAGUGGCUUCUUUUUUUCUUUAGAAACGUAGCUCAAUGUUUACGAAGAAUAUCAGCAGAAACAGUUGCUUGCAGCUUAACAGGAUGUAGCGGCUGCAUUCUUCCUGUCCCUCGCAUCAAGCCCAGGCUCAAGCCAAGGCGACAGGAAGCUGUUCUAUAUUUAUAAAGUGGAUCUUUUUUUUU